AGUUGAAGUAGCCAGAGGCUGAGCAUCGGCUCUGGAUUUCUAUAAUAGUCCACGGAUGUGACCAAAGCUAGACUACGCCCAAAUAUGGAGGUCACCGGCAACUGAUGAACCGUCUCAAAGUCUCAGGAACAUCAAAGGAUCUGGCUCUCUACCACCAAAGCAGGAGAUAAACAGAUCUUGACUGAUGGCAAAGUCUCCACGGGAUAUCCGUUCUGUGCAGUUGCUUCCUGGAGACCGAGGAAAGGUCAUUUCUGCUUCCAAGGAGUACAGCAUGCUGUCUCUGUAAGACACCAACUCUGGCCCUGGAUUUCAGCACAAUACAGAGGUGUCCUGCAUGGAAUGGAGCUGGCAGUCCCCUUUCCCAUCUGCUAGAGGUUGGCUGCCUGGGGAGCCAGAAAAGCUACACAGGUCUGCAGCCCAAGAAGGAGGGAUGGAAAUCCAGAGAAACAAAUGAUUCCUAUCUUGUGCCAAAGCUAUAAAAGGGGGUGAACACAACAAAGGGGGUUGCCAGUCAUCAGAAAUCCCCUAGUUACCGCCUGAGCUGGAACUAACAAGACCUGUACCGGGGAAAGGAUUGGGCCCAGACUAGGAAGGAGUCUAGUCUGUGAAUGAAAGAAGCUUAUUGGAACAUCUGAGGUAUGAAAUACUACUUCUGUAUCCUGCUCUUGUGUAUAGUCAGUGUGAUUUUGGUGGUCUUAGACUGGUGGUGGACAGAUGUGAAUCAGAUCAAGGGAGAGAUUUCAAAGGCUCAGUCUGACAUGAAACUUCUGUCACCAGAAAAAUACAAGUCCUUGUUUACCUACAAUGGAAUUUGGUUAGCUCCAAAGAAUCAGUGUGAGUGCGCCAAAGCCGACCAUGUGCAUGUCUACCAGAUGGAAGAUUAUAUCGAUAAGAAAGACCUUGCCUCAAUUAAAGAGAGGCGACAGAAGGAGUUUGAGCACUAUCAGAAAAGAUACCCUUCGAUGACUCAAGAUUUAAUAAUAGCCAAACCAAACAUGCCAUUAAGCUAUCCUAUUCAAGGAGUAGAGGUGAUGCCGCUACACACGAUUAUGAUUCCAGGGCUUGGUUUGCAUGGAGUGACUGAAGAAAAGUACCAGGUGAUCCUGCGAGCAUCGCUGGGAACCCUCAAUACGCUUGCUGAUGUCUCUGAUGAUGUUGUGAGAGGACGGGGCAAGAAAGAGCUGCUCAUCUUGACCUCAGAUGUGGAGCUGCUGAAUUUCAUCCUUAGGCAUGUCACAUACACCAGUGUGGUCUACCAGCUCUCUGCAGUAGAUAUGAUGAGUUUCAAGAGCAGAGAUCAUGUCGCUCAGUUUCCUGUGAUCAUCCGACAGCCCAGCCUUCCAAAGCUGAUUGAUCCUGGAGCAGAGAGGAAGAUCAGCUCCCUGGUGACUAUCACGACGAAGACUUUCUUGCGCUAUCACAAACUUCGGUUCCUCAUCAAGAGCAUCCGACAGUACUACCCUGACAUAAAAAUCAUCGUCGCUGAUGACAGUGAAGUCCCGGAGAAGAUCAUCGAAGAGAACGUUGAGCAUUACAUCAUGCCUUUUGGAAAGGGUUGGUUUGCAGGAAGGAAUCUUGCAAUAUCUCAGGUCACAACCAAGUACUAUCUCUGGGUUGACGAUGACUACUUAUUCACCGAAAACACCAAAAUUGAGAAGCUAUUGGAUGUGCUGGAGAGAACAAACUUGGAUAUGGUUGGAGGCAGCGUGAAGGGGGACACCUACAGUUUUCAGCUGCUGUAUGAGCAGAGUGACGACGGUGACUGUCUGCAUUUGAGAUACGGCUCCUUCCACAAGUUGGACGGGUUCCCCAACUGCGUGGUCACCAGUGGUGUGGUCAACUUCUACCUGGCCCAUACAGACAAAAGCAGACACGUCAGCUAUGACCCUCUUCUGCAAAGAGUAGCUCACUCAGAAUUUUUCGUGGAUGGUCUGGGCAUCUUGCUUGUCGGUUCCUGCAGUGAUGUUUCUGUCAGUCACCAAGACCAUAAUCCUGCAUCUGAUCCCAACCUGGCUAAGGUAGAAGACCAAUAUAAAACAUUCCGGGACAACACUGAUGCACAGGUCCAAUUUAAGCUAGCUUUGCACUACUUCAAAAACCGACUGAAAUGCUACUCAACAAGAUAACCCUUUUACCCUGCUCUGUACAAUUUCUACGGUAACCUCCCUGAUACCCAUGGCAAGCGUACGCUCUGGGCUUCAGCCUAAUUGCCUUAUUUGUGCCACACUGGAUGCCUUCCUUUUUGCACCUACCUUUCUAUAAAAACUUUUUAAUGGGCUGAAUUUGGGAUCUGGAAUCUCUUGGCCCAAACUUGAAAUGGACAACGCAGUCAUAUGUAUUAUCUGCAUUCUGGUCCUGCUACAGGCCUUGCGAUGGUGUCCUCUUCAUUGCAAAGUUUCUCUGAUCAUUGAGUGAGGCAGUUUUGGCUAAUACUGAGCCAGAUUCAUCAUUGCCCUGCACUGUGUCCUUUCCAGCCAGUGCAGAGUGAAGCGGGGCAGAGUGGAAUUCCUACUGGUUUGAUCUGGUAGCACUCCAGAUCCUCUCUGCAUUUGAAUGGAUUAUCAGGGAUGCACAGACUGACUUCCUUCCUUCUUGGAGGCGUACAGUAAUUCCUCGCUUAACGUUGUAAUUAUGUUCCUGAAAAAUGUGACUUUAAGCGAAACGAUGUUAAGCAAAUCCAAUUUUCCCAUAAAAAUUAAUGUAAAUGGGGGGGUUAGGUUCCAGGGAAAUUUUUUCACCAGACAAACAAUUAACACACACACACACACACACACACACACACACACACACACACACACACACACACACACACACACACACACACACACACACACACACACACACACACACACACACACACACACACACACACACACACACACACACAAAAACUGGUAUACAGCGAUGAUGAUUGUGAAGCUUGGUUGAGGUGGUGAAGUCAGAGGGUGGGAUAUUUCCCAGGGAAUGCCUUACUGCUAAAUGAUGAACUAGCAUUUGGCUGAGCCCUCAAGGGUUAACACAUUGUUAAUGUAGCCUCCCAUUCUACAAGGCAGCAUGAAUGGAGGGAGGGGAGACAGCAUGGUAGACAGAGACAUACACCCUUUGUGUGGGAGAGGGAGAGAGAUGCACAUUGCCCCUUUAUGUAUGCUGACCCCACUCUGAGGACAUCGCCUUUAACAAAAUCAGGAAGUUGAGACAGCAUGUAUGGCCAGCAAGUUCUCUUCCUCCUGAGCCCUGUCCUGUCCCCACCCAGCUCUCUAUGGAGAUGGGGUAAGUGGGGGACUGGAGUAGGGGGAGGGGGACACCCUGAAAUUAGCCCCCCCAUUUCUCCCCUCCCCUGCAGUAGGAGGAGGGACAGCUGAACUGCCGGCAAUUGAUAGCCUGCUGGGCAGGUGCUGCACAGGGAACUUAGGGAAGCAGGGAGCUGAUAGGGGGGCUGUCGGUCUGCCCUGGUUCCAAGCCCCCACCAGCUACCUCCAACAGGCUGCUCCUCUUGCAAGCAGUGGACAAAGCAGGCGGCUGCCAAACGAUGUAAUAAGGGAGCACUGCGCAGCUUUAAUCGAGCAUGUUCCCUAAUUGAUCAGCAACAUAACAACGUUAACCAGGACAACUUUAAGUGAGGAAUUAAUUGUAACUGGAAUGCGUGCUCACAAGUCGAGUGCCAGAAGCAAAAUCACUUUUAUGUUUAGACCGAAGUGCUUGGUGUGACGAAGUAGGACUGUUCUUAAUAUUUCCUCUGAAUACUGUGUGGGUGCCUCAGUUUCUGUUUGACACUCCGUCUCCUGGCAACAAAUGACCCAGGCCCCUCCCCCCUGCAAGAGGAUGCUAAAGAUGUGGAAAAACAAAAAGAUCAGGUAACCUCCUGACCCGAGAAAAAGACAAAGGCCAGAAAGGAGGGGCUGGAGGGGGUUUCAGUUUGGAGCUUGCUGGGCAUGGGAAGUGAUGGCAGACGAGGUUAUCUGGCUCGCUGGGUCCCAAUAUGGACCCAUCUGAGGGGUCCCGUUCUCUCUACCUACAAGCUCUGUUUUAAACCAUGUUCCUGUCGUCUAAUAAACCUCUGUUUUACUGGCUUUCUAAAAGUCACAUCUAACUGCAAAGUGGGGGUGCGUGUCAGACCCUCUGGCUUCCAGGACCCCACCUGGGCAGACUUGCUGUAAAAAGCGCACAGAGGAGCAUAUGCUAAAUGCUCCAAGGUCAAACCCAAAAAGGUGAAGCCAUGUAAGCUUCUUGUCCUAAAAACAGUCUGCGCCAAGAAGAAGGCGGCUCCCCAAAGUCCUGACUGGCUUUGUGGGGAGCAGUUCCAAAGCAUUGCCCAGGGACUCCGUGACACUUGGUUUAUCCUAAAUGGAGUUAGUAUGUUGUCUAUGCAAUAUUUGUUGAGAAUUUCUUAUGAUUACUCCUUACUUAAGGACCAGAGUGGGAAUGUUGGAAACCUAGCUUAGUUAAGAAGCUUUCACUUAAGAGGAGGAAAAUGCAAACUCUCCUAACUGUCCUGCCUGAAUGCAGUCCACGUUCACGUGACCCAAGUUCUUUUCAUCUGCUAGCUCGUGUCCUAUGUGAAAUGGUGGAGUUCAGUUCCUAGUGGGCAGCUAACCACAACAUCAAAAAAACCCCACCAUUACCACAGUGGUGGGACCUGGAUGCUAAUCUCUGCCAAGAAGUAAAUGCCUCAAGCAGACCACGGGUCUUACACAUCAAGGCCCCAUACUUCUAACGAGAUGAGAGAACUUGGCCUUGGUAUGAAGUGUUCUGACAUUGGUUAGGCAAAUGACCUAGCUUUGAUUUUUGGUCCUCUCUGUAUGUCUUGUAGCCUGUGAGCUCAUUGGGGCAGGGGCUAUCUCUGUUAUGAUUGGACAGCACCUACCGUGAUCGGGUUUCCUUUACACUACUGUGAUGUGGAUAAUUAAAAUAACUUAUUUGAGUUGAACAUUGACUUAAAAUGUGAACUUUCCUUGUGGUUCUGAAAAGUCCUAUCCAUUCAUGCAAGAGCUGAAAUUCUUUGUGCUCUAUGUCCCCCCGUGGUGACACUGAGAGCUUUCUACAUAAUGGUGAUUUUCUAGUACACUUACUAUUCUUUUAUAACUAGGUAAGAGAUUGUGUAUUCUCAAUGCUGCAGUGUUCUUCUUAAAAGUAUUUAGGAUGGAUGUUUUUAAAGCUACCACAAAAAGAAAAGGGCCCUGCUUGAAAGCCAGCCCUUAUUGCUGAGAGUCUUGCUGUGUAAUACAGUUGAGAUGCAUAAUGAUACCUCAUGAUUCUAUAGACAGUGCUUUGUAUUCUGCUGCCACAACUAAAGUUAAGUCAGUGAUUUUCAAACUUUUUUUUUUUUUUUGCGGACCACUUGAAAAUUGCUGAGGGUCUCGGCGAACCACUUAAUGAUCUUUCCAAAUCUUACGAGGAGUCCAGUGGCACCUUAAAGACUAACAGAUGUAUUUGUGCAUAAGCUUUCGUGGGUAAAAAACCUGCUUCUUCAGAUGCAUGGAGUGAAAAUUACAGAUGCAGCAUAAAUAUACUGACAGCUAAUAGUACAAACAACAUGUAACUAUUGUAAAGCACUUUGGAUAAAAGCACUGUAUAAAAAAACCCUUAAUAAUAAAUAAAAGCACACAACUCAUAUUUUAAUAUCAGUAA